GGGAAGCGGGCGAAGGUGAGGACCGGGGGCGGGCCGCCGGGACCCGCCCGGACGCACUUCCUUCAGGAAAUGCCUCCACACUGGACAGAACAGACUGCACUCAAAGGCCUCGGCACCGCUCAUUGGGCCGGCGCUGGAGGCGUGCCCCCGCCCGCUCGGUGACUGGGCGACGGCCCAGCAGGGACGGCACCUGCGCGGUGAUUGGACGCCGGGAGUUCCCGGCGGCCGCGGCGCGCGAUCCGAGGGAAGCCGGCUGCAUGGGGCGGCGGCGGCUCCGGGGGCACCGGGGAGAUGCGGUCGGGGCCCUGCCCGAGGCCAUCGCCGCGCUGAGUCAGACGCUGCCCGCCGGGCCCAGCCCCGAGAUCUUCCGCCGCGCCAAGUUCGACCGUCCGGAGGCGGCCCCGGCGCUCUGGCAGCUGCUCUUCCGCGUGCUCUCGCCGCUGCCCGCCGACGGCGCCUCGGCCUCCCCGGCCUCCCCGACCUCCCCGGCCCUGGAGGCCCAAGUCCACCUGGUGAAGUCGGCGCUGCGCUCCCAGGGCUACCCCAGGAGGGCGCUGGCACAGCUCCCCGAGGACGGCUCCCAGGGCAGCCGCGAGCUGCUGCUGGCCCUGGCCUGGCUGCUGGCCCGCGGGCCCCUGCUCGAGCAGCUGCUGGCCCAGACGCGCGUGCGGCUGGGCGACGAGAUACCCCUGUGCGAGUGUGAAGCCCUGGCCAGUGCUGGCCCACUCCCACCCCGCCAGGAAGCAGAUGGCCCUGUGGACAUACGCCACUUGCAGUGGCUGAUGGGAAAGCUGCGGUUCCAGUGGCGAAACCUGAUCACCAGUCAGCAGGAGCAGUGUGCCCUCCUGGGCAAGAUCCACUCCUAUACCCGUGGCUGCCACAGUGACCGCAGCCUUGGCCACCUGUCUGUUGCUGAGACGGAGCUGUUCAGGGACCCAGAGGGCGGCCGGCAGCUGCUUCAGAGGCUGGAGAGUGAGAAUGCGCGCCUGGAGGCCGCCCUGGUGUGGUGGCGGCAGGAGCUGGUCUUCUGGAAGUGGAUGGACACGGUCCUGGGCGCCUGCCCCCUGGAGGCCUCACAGCCCACGUUUCUGCCCAGGAUCCCCACGGUGGGGGCCAGCGAGUUGGAGCUGGUGGCCCGGGAGUUGCAGGCCCUGCAUGAGGAGCUGCGGGGAGUGGCAGAACCCCGGCGGGUGGCCUGGGAGGCCAGGGCUGGAGGCUGGGGGCCAGAGUGGACUGCUGUGCAGCGGGCCUCACAGGAGGCCGUGGGACGGGAGCUGGCCACUCUUCAGCGGGCCUGGGAGCAAGGUGAGGCCCUGGCCCAGACCCAUGGGCCCCGCCGGCUGGUGAAGAGAGACGCCGGAGCCUCGGGGGGCCCAGGCCUGCGGGCUGCCGAGCUGAUUGGGGUGCUGAGGAGCCGGGAAACCUGCCUGGAGGCUGUGCUGGGCCGGCUGCAGACCCGGUGUUGGCAGGAGCUGACCAGGCUGGCGGGAGCCCGGCCCGGCCUUCUCUGGAUCCUGCCACCCGGUCGCUGAGGGCCCAUGGGUGUGGCCUCCUUGAGGGGGACCU